AAAUUAUACUGUGUACUGCACUGCACUGCACUUCGACUUGGUGAAGUCUCUCUUGCUGUGCUGCUGCUGCUGCUGCUGCCUCUGCCUCAUCUACAUCUUCAUCUCCCCUCCAGAGACACUGCCCUCCAUCGCCCUCUCCCCUCUCCCCUCUGCCUCCACUACGCCGCUCCCACCUCGUCGGCUGCGUGCCCAGCAUUUCCCCAGAUCCCCAUCAUCCACCGCCUAUUGUAGAGCUCUCUCUCCUAAGCGCUGCGAUCACGAGGAGCCCGUGGAGCAUGACUCUAGUCAUCGCUAUCUGAGCCUGAGCCUGAGCCUGAGCCUCUAUCUCUCCCAUCACCUAACAUCGAGUCCGGCGCACGUCAACCUCGGGGGAAAUAGGCAUUGCAUUGUUGGAUAUCUCACCACCGGAAAAUACACCCCCAAGAAGGCCCAAGAUCCCUGUAUCAUGCUCGUUGCCUGAGCUUGUGUAGGCCCCCAGUUCGCUCGCCUUUGCUUGCCCUUUCCCUGGAGUAGUUGAUAGACAACAUCAGGAGAACGUCCCAUCCCAUCACACAUCCAGACCAGCCUCCGGUUACAUUCGAAAAGUCGACGAGAGUACGAUGGAUGCCCACAUCAUGAGGUAUCCCGGUCCUGCGUGUAUUGAAAUCUAGCCCUACGAUUGCUGCCGUGAAAGUGCGUACGAAGAACGAUCCUCAGUACAUCGCUUCUCGCUACCGCAACGACAGCUACUCUCAAAAUAAAAGUCCUGGUUGAAGGCACAACAAUCCAAAUGCAUCAACACCCUCGCCCAUCACCGGUGACGGCAUCACCGGCUUCGUCCCCACGCACAAACCCAACUCGAACGAACAACCCGAGAGAAGAAGGCUACAAUCCAAAUCCAUACACACGAAUAAUUCCAGACAUGCCCGGGUCGAGUGAAGGAGAUGAUGGGAGUAGUGAUAGUGGUGUGAUGCCUUCGAAUGGUCCUAGUAAAGAUGCUGUGAAGAAGUUGGACCAAGUAAUACAGGUACGGGGGGAUAUACGUCUACCAGCUGCUCGGAAUAUCCUAGCUAACUGCAUGCUCCACAGAAUUUCCACACAAAAGCGGCUAUUGUCAUAUUGCAGUCGAGGAUGUCCUUGUCCAUCAUGAUAGGUAAGGACGGUACAAAGAAAGUCAACAAAUGGGUAGGUGAUUCCAAUGGUCGAUAUCCAAGUGCCAGAGUAAUAAUACCGAGUAGUUUCAAAUCGAGACCGACGACACCACUUCUUUUCGCGAUGAAUUGAGUAUGUGGAAAACUUGUGGGGGCCUACAAAAUCGCCCGCCACCUCUAAUUAUCGAAACCUAUCUCGACACCUCGGCCUUGACUAGCAGCCAUACAUUAGUGUUUGUGGAUGAGAAUGGAAAGAGAUGGGAUGCCCUCGAGGCACUGAAUGAGGCGUAUGGACAGGUGGAGGGGACUUCUCGGAUGCGGAAUCGGAGUAAAGAAGUGAUAUUGGAAAGGUGGAAAAUCGAACUAAAAGGCAACCCAGUGGAAGGAACGUACGAUUACGGCUUGACGUUACCAACCGUCUAUAAGCAGUGUAUUGUCUUUUUCCGAUCACUCUACACUACCUCCAAAUUUACCCCCACGUGGAAAUUUGGAAAGGGCCUCGCCAAGAGUGGAAAGAGUUUGAUGCGAGUGAAGUGUCGUAUAUUGAGCGCUGACGUCGAGUCUGGUCGAUUUGACCCGCUUACUCAUCCAUUGCACGGAAAUGGUGGUGCUGUACCUGUAACCACAAAAUUCCCCCUCGGAACAACAGAUACACCAGUGGGACAAUUUUCCGCCGAAGUCUCCUACCGAAAUGAUUGCAACUUUCGCGUAGUUGAUUCCGAAUCUCUGCUUAGUUCGAGGUUCAUGGGUGCAGAUGAACAUUAUUUUCAGCCUUCGCUAGGAGGGAGGCUUGAUAAGCGAAACCGGAGUCUAAGACCGGUUGAAGUCGGCUCACUUCCUGUCAAUAGACUGUCUGUGGAAGAACAGAAUCCAGUGCAGGCUUAUGGAAGUCUUUCUACGUUUCACGGUGAUGUGCCGCCUAGAGGUUCAAGUCCCAUAUCUGCUCUUCGUGCUGCUCGUCCAAUGGGUUCGGACACAAGCUCACCUCCAUCAUUACCGAAGGAGAAAGAUAGACCAAUACAUCAAUCGCGAGCGUCACUGAUGUCAUUAGAAGGCAUUGCCCUGGCGAGAAGACCAUCGGUCUCAUUUCAACCCUUCAAAGCGGGAUCAUUGUCCUCUUCUCCAGGUCGAAUUGGGGACAUGAAUCCGCCACAAUCUCCACAGUCGUUACCUCGGGGAUCAGGCUUUAGUGCCUUGACAACGGCUCGCAAUCGUUCGUCUUUAACAGCCGGGAUGCCCGCUUCGUUAAGGGGGGGCCCAAUUAUCACAGAUAAUCCGAUCACUUCAUCGACUUCUAGCUCGCCCAAACCCGCCCCUAUAAGUAGGUUUGGCAGUAGCUUCACCCACCGUCGGGGAAGAUCAUCUUUUGGUGGCGCAAGUAGGGUGGUGGACGAUGACCAAGGUAGCAGCGGAAAACAAAGCUUGUCAUCUUCUGUGCAACCUGGCUCCGGAAUCCUUGCGGAAGGGGGUACGGGUGGUAGUUCGGGAUCACUACAAACAGACGAUGACAAUAUUUCGGAAUUUCUAAAAUUGCUGGAUAGCAAGAAAACCUUACAGAGCUUUGAACCAUCGGGUUCUGCAUCAACCAAGAGAACAAGUGCCCAGCUUUCAAAGUUUCAAUCUAUGCGUGAAUCGAACAACGUAUUGACAGAAUCGAUAUCUUCGUCAACAAUGUUGCACCGAUCGUCCAGCUCUUCGAGCCGUCAAUUAUCAAGUGUACCACCUAUGGUAGCUGCCAAUUCCAUGUCAGUUUCAUCGUCUCCGGGGAAGCCAGUGUCACCGCAUACUCCACAUACCCCAGCCAUACCAUCGAGAUUAAGUGCAAAUUCCAUAGUGGAAUAUUCUGUACCUCGGAGGGCAGCUACUUCUCGUGAUAGGACAACUACGACCGAGUCACAGUCGGAAGAUAUCUCGGGUGACCAAGUAAAUCCCCUCGGCACCAAUGCUAUUGAUAUUCCCACGUCACCGAGACCGUACUAUCCCCAUGCCCGACGAUCUAGCUCGGUGGCGCAACAACAACGGGCGUUACCUAUUGAAGAUGAUAUGGGGGAACUCCCUUUUGGUGUUCAUCGUUCCAUGAGUCUGGGAGCUGAUGACCGAGAACCACCAAGCUUAAGUGCCCUUCUCGGCCUUGGCCAGGCAUCCGAGCCUGUUGAGCCUGCUUCGUCUUCGUCGGCUAAUCGCCUUCAAACUGCUCCUCUCGCGACAGACAUGUCUCGUCGAGCUUCAUCCUCACUAGAGGCGAAUGAUUCCGAUGCUCCACAGGCUCCUCGUGGAUUCUCAGCUGGCUCUACAAAUUCACCAUAUCGACCAAGAAUCGGACGAACUGGUGGACGUGGAUUGACACCGCCACAGACGGGCUCCUAUUCCAGUCUCAUUACUAGUAAUAGCGGCACUAGUGAGAGAGGUAGUGGCAGAUACAGCUUCACGAGGACCGCUGGUGCGUACGAAAUAGACGAUGAGCUUCUUUUUGAUAUGAGUGAGAUUGGACGGGAUCAAUCACGGAGGAGCAUCGAAGAAACUCGAGGGGGAGGUAAUGACUCUGGCUCCAGUAGUCGAAGAGGUAGUAGUCGUCGUGGAUGGUAG